AUACAAACUUUUUUCCAAAAUGAGAAGCUAAAGCAGUAGAAGAAAAAAAACAAACAAAAAAUAAAGUUUGCUUUGGAUUCUUGCUUUGCAAGUGAAAAAAAUAAUUUAAGGACCCAUUUUUAUUUCCUCUUUAGGAUUGAGUGAAUUGUGGAAAAUGCACAGUGAUGAGAGUGUUUGGUGGGCUCAGUCAAUGUUUUUUAGCAAUGAAAAGGAUUUCGAGUGUAACGGAAUGGUAUGGCGGUUAAGGAUUGGAUAAACAAGCGAGGAUUCCAUAUUCGAGGGGGGUUUCAGAAAAUGAUGAGGUGUAUAUGGUCAGGACAGCAAUUAAGAGUUGAUGAUACUAAUGCUUCUUCCGAGUCGCUAGCGACUCGGGACUAUUCAGUGAGUGGUUACUCAUCUCGAGCUGGCGAGAUGGUGGAGACUAAGGCUGAUAGUAGUAAUAUCGAAGAAGCUGAGUCAUCGCUUCGCGAGAGUGGUUAUCUGAACUAUGAGGAAGCAAGGGCAUUAUUAGGGAGGCUCGAGUAUCAAAAGGGAAAUAUAGAAGGUGCACUUCAUGUAUUUGAAGGAAUAGACGUUUCUGCAGUGACUUCAAAGAUGAAAGUUACCCUUUCGAGAAGAUGUGAACAAAACCGACGUCGCUCAGAAAGUGAAGCUGCUCCUGCCAUGUCUAUGCAUGCCAUUAGCUUACUUCUUGAAGCUAUUUUCUUGAAAGCAAAAUCAUUGCAGCACCUCGGAAGGUUUGGAGAGGCCGCUCAAUCGUGCAAAAUUAUUUUGGAGACGGUUGAAUCUGCGUUGCCUGAUGGCCUGCCGGACUUCUCUACGGAUUGUAAAUUGCAGGAAAUUUUGAACAAAGCUGUGGAAUUGCUUCCGGAGCUAUGGAAACUUGCCGGAGAUCCCCAAGAAGCCAUAUUGUCGUACCGGCGGGCUCUCCUCUAUUACUGGAAUCUUGAUACUGGAACCAAAGCGAAACUCGAAAAAGAAUUUGCAGUGUUGCUUUUAUAUAGCGGUGCUGAAGCAAGCCCUCUAACCCUCCGUGCGCAGAUGGAAGGAUCAUUUGUGCCGAGGAACAAUGUUGAAGAGGCCAUUCUUUUAUUACUAAUUCUACUUAGAAAGUUUCUUCUCAAAAGGAUCGGAUGGGAUCCGUCGAUAUUGGAUCAUCUUGCUUUUGCGUUAUCUGUUUCGGGGGAACUAAGAGCCUUAGCUCAUCAGGUUGAAGAAUUGCAGCCCGAGAUCAUGGAAAGAAAAGAACAAUAUCGUACGUUGGCUCUCUGCUAUUACGGGGAAGGUGAGGAGAUAAUUGCUUUGAAUCUUUUGCGGAAUCUUUUGAAUAGCCGAGACAAUCCGGACUGUGUCCUGGAAUUGUUGCUAGCCUCGAAAAUUUGUGGGGAGAAUAUGAAUUAUAUCGAGGAAGGGACAACUUGGGCACGGAAAGCUCUUGUCGGAUUGAAUGGUAGGUGUUGGCAGAUGGUGAGCAAAGCAAACUGCUUACUGGGAGUUCUAUUAUCGGCUCAGUCAAGGAUGGUUUCUUCCGAUUCUCAGAGAAAUUUGCAGCAGUCCAAAACAAUUGAGGUACUCGAAACUGCAGAAAAGCUGAUGAAAGAAAGUGACCCAUACAUCGUAUUCCAUAUUUGCCUAGAAAAUGCUGAGCAGAGGAAGUUGGAUGUUGCACUUCACUAUGCAAAGCAGCUCUUGAAACUUGAAGCAGGGUCUAAUGUUAAGGGAUAUGUCCUUUUGGCUCGGAUCUUGUCAGCUCAAAAACGUUUUGUUGAUGCGGAGACAGUAAUUAAUGCUGCUCUUAACCAAACCGGAAAGUGGGACCAAGGAGAAUUGUUGAGAACCAAGGCUAAACUUCAGAUUGCACAAGGGCAGUUAAAAAAUGCAGUUGAGACAUAUACUCAUCUUCUUGCCAUUCUCCAAGUUCAGCAUAAAAGCACGGGAAACGGGAAGAAACUUCUAAAGACUAAGGGGAAGUGGGAUCGAGGCUUGGAAAUGGAAACAUGGCACGAUCUAGCUAACGUGUACAUAAGCUUGUCACAGUGGCAGGAUGCCGAGGUCUGUCUCUCCAAAUCCAAGGCUAUCAGUCCUUUCUCCGCUACUAGAUGGUACUCUACAGGUAUAUUGAACGAAGCGAGAGGGCUUCAUCAGGAAGCACUGAGAUCAUACAAGAAAGCAUUAGAUGUAAAUCCCACACAUGUUCCAAGUUUGAUAUCCACUGCUUGCAUUCUCAGACAACUCGGUGGUCAAUCAAUGCCUAUUGUUAGAAGUUUUCUAAUGGAUGCCCUUCGACUCGAUCGAACCAACCCGGCAGCCUGGUACAAUCUCGGGUUGCUUUAUAAAGCCGAUGUUAGUGCAUCAGCCCUGGAGGCUGCCGAAUGUUUUGAGGCUGCUGCAGUUCUUGAAGAAUCUGCACCAAUUGAACCCUUUAGAUAAAAGAAACAACUUUGCCCGCAUUUUGUUAUUAUGUAAUUUUGGACAUGCCAUUUUUGUAAAUCUUAUAGGUAAGGUUAUCUAACAUCUAAAGAUGUUGAAAAUCUUUAUGUGAGUUGCUUCAAAAGUUUAAAUUAAAUUGGUUUAUUUAGUUCA